AUGGGCUGGACCGACCGCUUGGGGCCGCGCUGGACGCAUGACGACGUCCGCGCCUUCUUCCACCUCUUCCGCGCAAACAUGGAGCUCAUGAAGACCAAGCCCGACGAGGCCAUCGCUGCCAUCGCGAGCGAGCUGCCGGCGCGGACGCCCGACAUGGUCCGAGCCCUCGUCGCCAUGCACAAAGGGUUCCUCUCGCUGCCCAUGGCAACCGACGAAGGCCUCUACGCGAUCCUGACCGACCAUUACAACGCGCAGGUCGAGUGGGAGCGCGAGGCUGCGAUGAAGGUGACGGCGCAAGCCACCAAGCGCACGCAGCCGCGAAAACCGCUCAAGCGCCGGAGCCUUCGCUCGAGCGAGCGCAAGCUCUUUGUCGCUGCGAUCGACGAGGCGUUCUUCGAGCACAGCGAGUUCCAAGACUGUCUUAGCCAAAUGAACAUGGCGCAUGUCCAGCGGGCCAAGCGCACCGAGUGGUCGGCGAUCCGCCUCUCGAUGGGGCAUCCGCGCCGCUUUAGCGCCACGUUUCUCAACGAAGAACGGCAAAAGCUGUACCGGUACCGCAACGUCGUCCGCUAUGCGCAGCGGACCAAGGAGUUUCCGACCGACAUUCGAUUCCCAUACAAGAUCUACCACCCGCUCGCCAUUGGCACCCAAGUGCGAGUGCUGCACCCGAACAAGCUCACGCAGCGGCUCUGCGUCGGUCGCGUCUGCUCUGUCUCGACGAUGGACCACUCGUACGAGGUCAUUGUGACGUACGCCGACCACAAGGAGAUCCUCAACUGCCCCGACACUUCGGUCAUGCUCGUCGAGAGUCCGCAGCCGUCGCUCUUGUACUGGCAGCAGCAGCCGCUCAAGGUCACGGUCGCGCCGGCCGUCCACACGACACGUGACGAAGCGGACUUUUGCUGCGAUGCGCGCGGUCACAACGCUCUUGCAGCGAAAGGAAUGCUCCUCAGCGCCCUCGCGCGCAUGAACGACCGCGCGCUCGUGCUCCUCGCCGACCCGUCGACCACGUACGCGGGCCUCGUCCACUUUCAAUCGCAGUACGCAUGGGUGAUUGUCAACCUCGACACGACCAACGAUGUGCUCGCGGCGGCGCUGCAUCGGCUCCAGUCGGUCCAGCACACACCGGCGGAAUCGCUCCUGAUGGAGCCGCACGGGCUCGAGUCGAGCUUGAACCCGCAGCAGAUUGGGUGGGCGCACCAGUUCCUCACGGCCGCCCACGAAAAAUCGCGGUCGCUCGUCGCGACGUCCAUCCAGCGGCUCGCGAAAGACGAUCGUGCGAUGUCCAUCUCGUCCAAGACCAAUGACGUGCUCAUGGGCUGCAUGGACCUCGUCCUAACGCUCCAAUGCGCAGCCAACAGUAAGGACGACCGCCAGCUUGCGCCCGUCGUGCUCCACAAGCUACUCGACCGCAACUUGGAGCACAUCAUGCCGCGGUCGCAGGCCAAUAUGAGCUUGUACCACGAGAUCUGCCAGUCGGUCGAAGUGCUCAAGAGUGUGCUCAUGCACCCGCCAUCGUCCUAG